AAUCAUACUUUUUGAUUAGAAUCUAUACCUACCUAAGUAAAAAAUUAACGUGAUUUCUUUUUUUUGCAAUACCAUCAACGCGUGGAAGGAAAUAUCGAUCAACGCAAUUUAUGUGAUCGGAAAAACAAUACAAAAUGAAUUCCUCAAAUUUUAGUCAGUGUGAUUGCAAAUCAAAAGAAAAAUCGUCUGGAAUAAAUAAAAAUAUAUUGAAUUUGUGAUUGGGAGCUUAUGAAUGUUGCAAGAAGAAUUUAUAAAAGCAAAUUUUGACCAGGGACGAAUGAAAGACAUCAGGCACGAAUUUUAAUGGACUUUUUAUUCCACGUAUAUAUUAUGAACUUCGCAUUGGAACGCGAUUAGAGGUGUUUGGGGGAAAAUCGAGAGAGACUUCGAAAAGGCAAUAAAUCUCAAUAGGUUACCAACAAGAAGAUAAAGGAGAUCUCUGUUCAAUAAAAAAAAAAUAAGAAUAAGAAGGAGGUGAAAAAAAAACAGAAUGGCUCAAAUCUGGUAGGCAAAUCAGAUAAAAUAUAUAUGUGAUCUAAGCGAAGAAGCAAAAACUCUGCGUGAGAGAUCUUUAUUCAAUUGGUCUGCAGGGGCAUAAAAUUGUGGCUUUGUUGGACUUGAUUUCCUAUGGAAAAUAAUUCACCAGCUUAAUAUUCGUAUCAGAGUGACACAAUGGUACUCCUAAACUCCCCUUUUGCUUAUACUGUGGCGUUUUAUCAGAACAAAUUGCUCAAUCUCUUGUCUGACUUAUGGUGAAGUGAUAUAGCGUGUACUAAAACUUUUCAAUUAUGCAUUGUGCGCAAGUCCUCGGAAUUUUCUCGUGAAUUUAGGUCUCAAUUUAUUCAGUAGCCAAGGUUUAUAAUCAUCAUCUAAAAGAUUUUGAAGUGGUCUCUGACGACAACUAUCUUAGUAUAUGGAGAACGGAUGAGAGAGAGGAAACGAAAUAUUCCAAGUGGUGUGGAAUUGUAAAGAAUUUUAUUAAGUCCUUUCUUUCUCCAUUUAGAUCACGUGGGGAUCACAUAACCACCAUAACCACUUAUUAGAGAAUUUUAUGAUGACACAUUAAAUAAAAUCUACAGAAUAAUUGGUACGAUGGAGAAUCUUUGAGAAUGUCGCCAAGCAACAUAUAAUCUUCCUUUCGCUUUUAGAGCUUCCGUGACAAAGAGUGGUUCAAUUAAGAAACAUGCCUCACAUCAUUACUCUCUAUGUAAACUAUAAAAUAUUCAAUAGCGAAAAAGACCAACAAGGGUAUAAACGAGAUUAAACCAUUGUAAUCCCUACUUUGAGUUACCCCAGUUAUAUCGGGGAGUAUACUUCUAUUUUUAAUAGGUUGAUGAGCAUUAUGAAUAUUUGAUUGAGAAACCCAAUAAUCAUUUGCUGUGAUUUUGAUUAUGUUAGAAAUUGUCAAGAGUUCACUGCUAUUGUAACAUAAUGUAAAAUAAAAAGUUUAACGUUUUUUUUUUUCAGCCGUCUCUUAAAAAUUGCGAUCAACUAAGAAAUUCAGGCAUAAUUUUGUCUAAAAAUGCAAACAAUGACGUAACUUUUGCAUUAUUGUCUUUUUCGUUCCAUUAAGCAAAAAGUUUAAUUCUAAUUUAAUAUAGCGAUUAAAACGAAUAAACUUGGAAUUAAUUUUUAAAAGUUAUUUUAAGAGUCAAAUUCAACGAAACAUUUUUGUAAGUACCUCAGAUUGUGUUUUACAAGAGAAUCACUGAUACUAAAAACUGAUAAAGGUCUAAUUUAUGAAUUCUAUGUAACGUUGCAUGCAAACUCUUUAUUAUAUCCUCGCGGUAGGCUUUUAAACCUACAGUUUGUCGUCGUUUUUGAAAUGGUGCAGUUCAAGAAAAUGAUUGUUCCUCAAAUUGUGAUUUUAUCAAUUUUUCUGGGAUAUUGUCAUGCCCAAGAAACUGUUUCUUUUGUAAUUAUACAUGAGGAGCAGGAGAAGCAUAUUCCACAAAUUUUAGGAAGAAUCUUUAAAGGCCUUGAAGAAAGUUCAUCGAAUGCAAUAACCAUCAGUGAUCGAUACAUAUCCUACAACUACGAAACCUCAAAUUUUGAACAGCAAUUCUGUUCUGUGGCAACAAAUGGAGUAUCAAUUGUUCUUAAUUUACUCUGGGGAAAAUUCCAAGAAAUUUCAGAAUUUGUUAAAUCUCAAGGAGUACCCUACAUAGAAGCAGAUAUAUCCGUAUUCCCAUUUGUUCGAAUAGUUGAGCUGUACCUAAGGAAACAGUCCGCCGUUGAUUGUGUAUACAUUGUAACGUCUGAAGAGGAGGUAGAUCAAGUACUUUUCGGAAUGAUUGGUUACUCGAACAUUCGGAUGAAUGUGCUCAACAACUUGGGAGGGACAUCAAUUCAACGACUCCAAAAUUUAAGGCCUAAUCCAUCCUACUAUGCAGUUAUUGCGACAACUGAGAAAAUGAAUGAGAUUCUUAGUAUGGCUCUUAACUUUAAGCUAAUUCAAAGGCCAGAUAAGUGGAAUUUGGUAUUCAAGGAUUCACAACAGAAUCUCUUCAGAUAUCACGAUGCCUUCAAAGAAGCUACAAAAUUAGUUGUUGAUCAAAGCUUUUGCUGCCGAUGGCUAAAUCAACAUGAUACCUGUACUUGUACCUCUGAUUUUACUCAUGUUCAGUAUUUUCUUAAAGAGAUUGUAGAACGGACCACCCAACUAUUAAGAAGCAACAAUAUUCCUAAAAUCGAAGUAAAAUGUGGUGAAGGUAAUGCAACCAGUAGCGUAUUGGAUGCUUCUUCAGCACUUCAAGAUCAACUAAUCACUAGUUUGGAUGGCAAUCAGUUAAUCUACAUGAUUCCCGAAAAUGACGAGAUUAAGUUCCAUCUUAAUGCUACAAUUCAAACAACAGAAACUCCAUAUGCUGGAGAUGAAGUUGCAACUGUAGGAAGGUACGUUGAUGAGGAAGUUUUUGGAAUUAAUGGAGCUUCUCUGGCAAGACCUACAAAGCCUUUUUUACGCAUUGGCGUUACGGAAUCCGUGCCAUGGACCUUCCAUCUCGGUCGCGAUCAGAAUGGUAAUGAUAUGUGGACGGGGUACUGUGUUGAUCUUAUUGACUUUAUAGCCAAACGCAUGGACUUUGACUAUGAGAUUGUACGUCCGAAAACGGGAACAUUUGGAAAGAAUUUAGGCAAUGGCAAAUGGGAUGGUCUUGUGGGGGAUUUGGUUACCGGUGAUAUUGAUAUUGCUGUGGCUGCGAUAAAGAUGACUGCAGAACGUGAAGAAGUGAUUGAUUUUGUGGCUCCGUACUUUGAGCAGACGGGAAUAUCUAUUGUAAUGAGGAAGCCAGUGAGACAGACAUCCCUUUUCAAAUUUAUGACGGUUCUUCGGUUGGAAGUAUGGCUCAGUAUUGUAGCAGCACUAGUAGCUACGGCAAUACUAAUUUGGUUCCUGGAUAAAUAUUCACCAUACAGUGCUAGAAACAACAAGGAAGCCUACCCGUAUCCCUGUCGGGAUUUUACACUCAAAGAGAGCUUCUGGUUUGCUCUGACCUCCUUCACACCUCAAGGUGGUGGGGAAGCACCAAAAGCCCUCUCUGGUAGAACUCUUGUAGCUGCCUACUGGCUUUUUGUAGUCCUCAUGAUGGCUACUUUUACUGCUAAUCUUGCCGCUUUCCUGACAGUAGAACGUAUGCAGACACCAGUUCAAUCUCUGGAACAACUCGCACGUCAAAGUCGUAUCAAUUACACUGUUGUUGAAGGUUCCGAUACCCACAGCUACUUCAUAAAUAUGAAAUUCGCUGAAGACACCCUGUACAGAGUUUGGAAGGAGAUAACUCUCAAUAGCACCAGUGAUCAAAGUCAGUACCGUGUAUGGGAUUAUCCUAUUAAGGAGCAGUAUGGGAACAUUUUGAUGGCCAUCAAUGGUACUGGACCCGUUGCAAAUUCUGAAGAAGGUUUCCGUCAAGUUAACGAACAUAUCAAUGCGGAUUUUGCCUUCAUCCAUGAUUCUUCUGAAAUUAAAUACGAAAUCUCACGUAGCUGCAAUUUAACUGAAGUUGGAGAAGAAUUUGGCAAGCAGCCAUAUGCAAUUGCAGUUCAACAGGGGAGUCAUCUACAGGAUCAACUCUGUAUGACCAUUCUUGAGCUUCAAAAGGAUCGUGUCUUUGAGAAUCUGAAAGCAAAGUAUUGGAAUAAUUCAAUCAAGGGACAGUGUCCGGAUGACGAUGAGAACGAAGGAAUUUCAUUGGAGAGUUUAGGAGGUGUCUUCAUAGCAACCCUCGCAGGUCUCGCUAUUGCUCUUAUAACCCUCGCAGGGGAAGUUCUGUAUUACAAACGUAAGAAUCGUAGUGCAAUAAGGCAAGUACAGCCCUUUGAGACGCCCAAGAAAGAAGGGAAUCUUGAGAAAAAUCUGCAAAACUUUACAAUUGGGGAUAAAUUUGUACCUGUUGGUGAAAAAGGAAAACCUGUUUCGUAUAUUUCUGUGUAUCCCCGGAAAUCCAUUCAUAAUUAUGGAGAAUAUAUUGAGUAAUUUCGUUAUUUUUGUAGGCUUAAAGCUUGAAACGCUAUAAGAAAAAAAAUAUUCACGAUUUUUUGGUGUUUUAGAAAUAGACACACAUCACUUGAAAAACUUAAAAAAAGAUUGAUUUUCUUUCUGUUGGCGACUACAAGUCUCCCAAAGUAUUCAUGCAAAAAGUCCUUUGAAAAGUUAAUGAGUCUCGAAGAAGAAGAAUUUCUGUUUAUUAUACAGGUCUAUUAAUAAAAAUUCUUUUUAAGGAAAACGUAUAUAAUGUAUGAUUUUGUGUAAGUCAGAACAUGCAACAGAAUUUAAUUAAUUUAAGCCAUCGUAAUACUAUAUGUGAAUGAUGUGCAAAUGUAGUAGUUAUUUCUCCUGGAUGCUAAAUAAAUUUAGAUCACCACAGCAAUAAAUAUCUUCGUCGUAUAUGCUUAAGAAUUGAAUAUUGACCUCAAUUACCGAUUUCGCAAUAAAUACUUUAUUUAGUCUGGAACAUGGAU